AUGCCUGUCCAAAUCCACCUCGUCCGCCACGCCCAGGGCUUCCACAACCUCAAUGUCGAAAACGAGGCCACCCGCGACCCCCUCCUCACAGACAAGGGCAAGCAGCAAUGCGCCGACCUCCGCGCCGCCUUCCCCCACCACUCCAAGCUCACCCACCUCGUGGCCUCGCCGCUGCGCCGCACCCUGCACACCUGCCUCCUUUGCUUCGGCCCCGAGGACGGCCACCUGGGCAAGGUCAUUGCCCUGCCCGAGGUCCAGGAGGUCUCGGAUGCCCCGUGUGACACCGGCUCCGCCGUCUCUGAGAUUGAGGGUGAGUUCGAGGGCAAGGUGGACUUCAGCCGGGUGCCCGAGGACUGGACGGAGAAGAAGAACCCUGAGAGCAGGUGGGAGCCGACGUUGAAGAAGCUGGAGGUCAGAGCUGCGGAGGCGAGGAGGGCUUUGAGGGAGAUUGCGGGCGUCGAGGGGGAUGCGCAGAUUGUCGUUGUCACUCACGGCGGUUUCUUGCACUUUUUGACAAACGACUUUCACGGAGUCCCUGCUGGCAAAGCGACUGGGUGGGAGAACACGGAGUACAGAUCGUACAACUUUGCCGACAGCACCGGCAAGGACGAGAAGGCCCUGUUGACCGAGACGCAGGAGAGCUGGAAUCGUCGCCAAGGCGAGAAGACUCGUCCUACGCCUGAGGAGCAGGCUGAGCUGCAGCGGGUGUUCUACAGAGACAUGGAGCCGUACCUGAAGUACACUGCCGAGAGAGGCUGGAUGCAGUAG